AUGAGUCGCUGGUUCCGGGGACGCUCGUCGGGGGCCAUGACGGCCGGCGCCGGCUCGAGCGUGUACCAGAACGUGAAGGCUGGGCUUCAGGAGCUCUACCGCUCGGUGCUGCUUCCUCUGGAGCAGGACUUCAAGUUUCACCAGUUCUUCUCGCCGCUGCUCACGGACGGAGACUUCGCCGCGAAGCCCAUGGUGAUGCUCAUUGGUCAGUACAGCACAGGAAAGACUUCUUUCAUUCAGCACUUGCUCGAGCGCGACUACCCUGGCUUGCGCAUCGGACCCGAGCCCACGACAGACCGCUUCGUCGCGGUGAUGGAAAACGAGACUGAACAAGUGGUGCCAGGGAACGCCGCGGUCGUGGAUCCCACGAAGCCCUUCAGUCAGCUUUCGAACUUCGGUAACAACUUUCUUCUCCGCUUCGAGUGCUCCAUGCUCCCCUGCGUCAUUCUCAACGGAAUCACGCUGAUUGACACGCCCGGCGUCCUGAGCGGCAACAAGCAGACCAGCCGCGGCUACGACUUCGAGGGCGUCAUCCAGUGGUUCGCCGAGCGGGUUGACCUCAUUCUUCUCAUUUUUGACGCGCACAAACUCGACAUCUCCGAUGAGUUCCGCAGAUGCAUCACCGCGCUCCGCGGCAACGACACCAAGAUUCGCAUCAUCCUCAACAAGGCCGACAUGGUUUCUUACCAGCAGCUGAUGCGCGUCUACGGCGCUCUCAUGUGGUCGUUGGGCAAGGUUAUCCCCUCGCCGGAAGUCGCGCGCGUCUACAUCGGCUCCUUCUGGAAUCAGCCUCUGCAGAACGACGAAAACAGAAAGCUCUUUGAAGCUGAGGCGAACGACUUGUACGCCGACAUCGCGCGGCUCCCUCGCGACGCGGCGAUUCGCAAAGUGAACGAUUUCAUCAAGAGAGCGAGGCUUGCGAAGGUGCAUGCCUACCUGCUGACGAAUCUGCGCAAGCAGCUGCCCAUGUGGGGCAAGGAAGCGAAGAAGAAGCAACUUUUGAAUCAGCUGCAGCAGGUGUACCAGCAGGUCUCCACUGACUUUGCGAUUCCUCUCGGAGAUUUCCCCCCGAUUUCCCUCAUGCAGGAGAAGCUGGCAGCGUUUGACUGGAACAGGAUUCCCAAGUUGGACUCGAAGCGAAUUGAGGCCCUCGACUUGAUGAUUAAGACACAGAUUCCGCAGCUCAUGGCUCUCAUUCCCGCCGAAGAGGCGCAGGCGGCGCAACAACCUUCUGACGGGAGUGUCGUAGAGACGAAGGCCUCGCCGUUCCUCUCACUGAAGUCCAGAAACGCGGGAUCUGUCUGGAUGCUUGAUAAGUUCCUUAACCAGCCUGUCGACGUCGAACGCUACCGAGCGGAUUUCGAGUCUCUCGGACCCGACACCUGCGGCCGCAUCAACGGCACGCAGGCUAAGGCGGACCUCGUGAAGAGCAAACUCCCGAGUGCAGUGCUACACCGCGUCUGGAACCUGGCGGAUAUCACGCGCGACGGAUACUUGGAUUUGUACGAGUACGCGCUCGCACGACGCUUCAUCGAGAUGAAGUUGGAAGGCUUCGAGUUGCCGGCGUCGCUGCCAGAGGCAUUGCUUCCCUCCUUCGACCCACACGGCGCCAGCGUAGACACCUCGCCUUCGCUUCUAAACGACCGUGAGGCCUCAUUCCAGCGCGAGAGCUGCAGCGCCACACACGACAGUCUCUCGCGCAGGGGAAGUGCGGCCGGAUGGAGUCCCGCCAGAGGCCCCCGCGCAGAUGCUGGCAACCCUCUGGGUGAUUAA